AUGUUGUUACUAUCAGAAUAUACAAUCACUUACGAGCCAGGGAAAGCAGUUAAGGGGCAAGCAGUGGUAGACUUUUUGGCAGCUCAUCCACUGACAGACAAUGAAAUUGUAUCUGAUGAAUUUCCUGAUGAACAAGUAAUGAUGAUUGAAUCGUCAAACUCAUGGCAGGUGUUUUUUGAUGGCACAUCCCGAGCAACAGGAGUAGGUGCGGGAGUGAUAUUUAUCACCCCUCAAGGCGAUUUAUUACCUUAUUCAUUCACAUUAGGUACUGCAUGCACAAAUAAUGAAGCUGAGUAUAAUGCUCUCAUCAUUGGAAUGGAGAUAGCUGGUGAAAUGAAGAUAAAGACACUGCAGAUUUUUAGGGAUUCUAAGUUGAUUAUAAAUCAACUAACAACUGAGUUUGAAACAAGAAAGCAAGAGCUUCUACCAUACUGUCGAAAAGUGCAACAAUUGCUAGAACAAUUCCAUCACGUCGAAAUCAAGCAUGUGCCGUGA